AUGUUAUCUGCCACUGGCGUGGCCUUCCGGGCCGGCGCCCGACGAGUCGCCCCCAAGGCUGUGUCGCGUGCGGCUGCAGCCGUUGCUCCGAUUAAGGGCCGAAGCGUCAACGCUGCGACCACCACGAACAUCGCCCGCGACCUCUCGACGUCCGCCCGAGUCCUGUCGGCUUCUUCACCCAGCCGUGACCGCCUCCGCGAGAUUAUCACGCACACCGUCAGCAGCAUCGGUAGUAAACGCGAAAGCCAGCAGUGGCUCAAGCUCUUCACCUCCGUCGAGUCCCAGAAGUUCGCCGUCAUCAAAGUCAGCGGUGCCAUCCUCCAACCCGAGUUCCUUGACGACCUGUGCCGCAACCUUCUCUUUCUCUACGAGCUUGGCCUGUACCCAAUCGUCGUGCAUGGGGGAGGAGUUCAACUCAACCGGCUUUUGGAGGCAAGUUUUUUGCUUAGGAGCGAUGCCGGCGUCGAGCCCCAGUUCGAGGAGGGUAUUCGGGUGACCGAUGCCAAGACUCUAGGCAUUGCCCGUAAGCUCUUCCUCGAGGAGAACCUGCGAUUCACCAACCGCCUUGACGAGCUUGGCGUUGCUACCCGAACCAUCAGCGGCGCCUUUAUCGCCGACUACCUCGACAAGGACAAGUGGAAGUAUGUUGGCAAGAUCACCAGAGUGAACAAGGAUGCUAUUGAGAAGUCUAUCGAGGCAGGCUACAUCCCUAUCCUCACCUCGAUGGCUGAGAGCGAAGACGGACACCUCCUAAACGUCAACGCCGAUGUUGCUGCUUCGGCCCUCGCAGAGGCCUUGCAGCCCUUGAAAGUGGUGUAUUUAGCAGAAAAAGGUGGACUGUUUGAUGGCGAUGGGCAGAAGAUCUCACAGAUUAACCUUGAUGAAGAGUACGACCAUCUUAUGGCGCAACCCUGGGUUCGCUAUGGAACCAAGCUAAAAAUAGUUGAGACAAAAUCGCUUCUCGAUAAAUUGCCCCGAACCUCUAGUGUGGCUAUUAUCCAUCCCAGCGACCUCCAGAAGGAAUUGUUCACCGACGUCGGCGGCGGCACCCUGAUUAGGCGAGGCAGCCGUCUAUCCCAAGCAAAGUCGAUCUCGGACUUUCCUGAUGUCGAGAAGCUGAAGGAAGCGCUUCUUCGUGGUCAGAUCGGCCUGGAUGCAGAGGCUGCAGUGGAUCGUUUCAUCGACUUCCUCAAGGAGAAGCCGUUCACUGCCUACUAUGACGAUGCCAUGGAGUGCCUGGCUAUCGUUUUGCCCAAGAGCGAGGAUCGAGCUGUGGCCACGCUCAGCACUCUGUCUAUUACUAAGACUGGCUGGCUAAGCAACGUCGCGGAGAAUGUAUUCACCAUUAUCAAGAGGGAUCACCCUGCCCUCGUCUGGAGUGCCAGCGAGAACGACGAAAACUUGACCUGGUUCUUCGAGAAGGCGGACGGCAGCUUCAAUAAGAACGGCAACGUGCUCUUUUACUACGGCUUGGAUCUGCGCUCUGAUGAUCUGAUCCCUGUAUACAACGACUUCAUUGCUCACGGCCGAAUUGUGAUUGGUGAUGCCGACCUCGAGGCGCGCCUUCGCCAGGCCGCGCAAACUACCAGCAAGUCCCUCAACGCCCAGUAA